AUGUGCUGCGCGUCAGGAAAAGUUCAACUACCCGACAUUGAAACACCACCGGAACCAUUGAACGGUUUACUUAUCGGCACGGAUCCAGAUUCUAACGUGUUCUUGAAGUCCAUUCGAACAUUCAAUUCAUGCUUUCAAAUGACAUCGUUCGGAGCAACAGAAAUAGUUCGAAAUACUAAUUCACUUGGUCAACAAUACAAUUCUACAUUUAAAAUUAGAGGCCAAGUUUAUCAUAAAAUAGGCUCAUUACUGCCAAUGCCAAACGAAGCACAUAAAUUUUUACAAAUCUACUUUAUGGGCGGCGAGGAUUCCGGAAGCGCACUUGCCAAUCGUGUGAAUGCACGUUGUGACUAUAACAACCUUGAUUCAUUUUUUGCCAAACGCAUCGUAAGCGAACUGGACGCUCUACUGAAUGAGCACAAUGAAUUGUUGAAAAUAUUCAAAUCACACAUGCAUAAAUUACAAAACGAUAACCACGCUAUUGUCAUUAAUCCUGAUAAAACACCAGCUGGAGAACAUAUUCGUAGAUUUAAUGCACCUGUUGUUGACGACGUUGCGGGAAUCAUGGUUGGCGAUUGUACAGGCACACGAGAAAUUGUGGUUCGUAGAAGGAGUAAUAAUCUUCAGUUCAUUGCUGAUACACAUCGUUCAUAUGAUGCUCUCCAAUAUCCGCUAAUUUUCUGGAAGGGACAAGACGGAUACUGCAUAAAUAUCAAACAACGCGAUCCCGUAUCAGGAGCCGAAACAAACAAGAACGUUAGCUCGAAAGAUUAUUAUGCGUACCGAUUGAUGAUUCGACGCGGCUGGGACAACGUCAUUCUACGAUGUCGCGAGCUUUGUCAACAAUUCAUGGUCGACAUGUACGCCAAGAUAGAAGGCGAACGACUACGAUACUUACGAUAUAAUCAACUCAAGCUACGUGCGGAAGAGUACAUUCACUUGCGGGACGCUAUUAACAACAACGCUGACGCUGCCGAAAUUGGUAACUCUGUCAUUCUACCGUCAUCGUAUGUGGGCAGUCCACGUCAUAUGCAAGAAUAUAUACAGGAUGCUCUGACUUUCGUGCGCGAAUAUGGACGACCGUGUUUAUUUAUCACGUUUACAUGUAAUCCAAAAUGGCCAGAGAUUGUAUCUUUGCUAUUGCCUGGCCAAAAUUCAAUCCAUCGUCAUGACGUUACAGCACGUGUGUUCAAACAAAAGUUGAAGUCUUUAAUAGGUUUCAUUACUAAAUUACAUGUAUUCGGCCGCACACGUUGCUGGCUGUAUUCAGUUGAGUGGCAAAAGCGAGGAUUACCUCAUGCUCACAUUUUGGUUUGGUUAAUCGAUAAAAUCCGUCCUGAAGAAAUCGAUAGUAUCAUUUCUGCAGAACUUCCAGAUCCGUCUACUGACCAACUGCUGUUUGAUAUUGUUACAGCGAACAUGAUUCAUGGUCCAUGCGGUACUCUUAAUCGUACAUCGCCUUGCAUGGCAGAUGGAAAAUGUACUAAAAAUUUCCCUAAAGAUUUCACGAACGAUACGAUCACAAAUGUCGACGGAUAUCCAAUAUAUCGUCGAAGAAGUCCCGAUAAUGGCGGAAGAUCAUUUAUUAAAAACAUCAACAACACAGACAUUGACAUUGAUAAUCGUUGGGUGGUACCAUAUUCACCUCUGUUGAGCAAGACGUACAAUGCUCAUAUUAAUGUUGAGUUCUGCAGUUCUGUGAAGAGCAUCAAAUACAUUUGCAAGUAUGUCCAUAAAGGCAGUGAUAUGGCUGUGUUUAGAGUGGAAAAUACUAACGUGAAUGCUCCACCAGUGAAUAAAAACGAUGAAAUAACACUUUAUCAAAUUGGUCGGUACAUCAGCUCCAAUGAAGCUGCUUGGCGUAUCUUUGGUUUCCCGAUUCAUGAACGGGAUCCAGCAGUUGUUCAGUUAGCCGUCCAUCUCGAAAACGGCCAGCGUGUAUUUUUCACGAACGAGACAGCAAUUGAUCGUGCUGUAAAUCCACCUAAAACUACACUCACUGAAUUUUUCGAAUUGUCUCGAGCACAGAUAUUGUGGGAUAAUCACAAAGAUUCAAUGACUGAUGAUAUAUUGCAUCAACAUCGUACACGAUGCAACGAUGUAACGAUAACGUUCAGCGACGCUAUGUACAAUGAAGCAUUGAUUGCUAUUGAAGAUCUCUGCAUUAUAAUUGCUAAUUUAUCACUCAGUCAUUUCGGUAUGAAUUCGCCAGAUCGAGCUACAUCUGAUUUAAUGAAUACGGAAAUGAAUCGUGAAAUGCAGUACAACACUGUAGAAAUGGCGGCGAUUGUUACUCGCAAUGUCCCAUUAAUGAAUGAGGAACAAAAAAUCAUUUACGACCGCAUUAUGCUCGCAGUUUCAGCAGGACAAGGUGGAUUCUUCUUUUUGGAUGCACCAGGUGGAACUGGAAAAACAUUCCUUAUUUCGCUAAUUCUUGCUGAAAUACGAUCAAAUAAUGGCAUCGCAUUGGCCGUUGCAUCGUCAGGCAUUGCUGCAACUUUAUUGGAUGGAGGCAGAACAGCUCAUUCAAUAUUUAAACUGCCAUUAAAUAUUCAAAAUAACCCUGACGGAGUGUGCAACAUAAAAAAACAAUCGUCCAUGGCCACCGUGCUGAAACAAUGUAAAAUUAUCAUCUGGGAUGAAUGUACUAUGGCGCACAAACAUUCACUUGAGGCGUUGAACAGGACGUUAAAAGAUAUCAAAAACAACGACAAACUAUUUGGCGGCACUCUGUGUGCCACCGCAUAA